CACUCCCCGCCUAUCAGCGGGAAAGCAAAAUGGCGAACGUGCUGGGUGAAAGAGAACCGUUUGUUAUUUUCUAAGGAAGGCUCGAGCUCUGCGGGGUUCGGAGCGCGUGGUCGAGAUUAGUACGAUCCUCUGCAGCAGCGGGAAAAAACAAAACAAACGACCAGACUCGCGCCCUUUUUUCCAAUUUCGUCUCGCGAGGCAUUUGUUCCAACAGAGGUGACCGAAUGAGAGACUCGGAGGUUGUGGAUCAUUCUCCUGUCCAUCACAGAGCCCACUACCAGCAGCAGCAGCAGCGGACUGCCUCCCUGUCACCCUGCAGCCUCUCUGCGAGGGGGGAUUAUGGGGAAGACGACAUGUCUGCCAGGUUCACAGAGGGGCAGGAUGUGUUGGCCAGGUGGUCCGAUGGCUUGUUCUAUUUGGGAACAAUCACAAAGAUAGAUCGGGACAAGCAGCGUUGCUUCGUGGUUUUUGAGGAUAGAUCCAAGUCUUGGGUUCUUUGGGACGAUAUUCAAACAGGUGACGAAGAAGAAGACAAGGACGAUGAGGGCGAUGACAUCGCCUGCUCUAUAUGCCAGGACGAGACGUCGGAGGAGCCCAAUGAGAUCGUCAUUUGUGACCAGUGUGGUCAAGGCUACCAUCAGAUGUGUCACUCUCCCAUCAUCGAUGCUGCCGUCAUCGACUCCGACGACAAGUGGCUGUGCUCAGAAUGUCGGCUGGCGUCUCUGUCUGAGAGGGGGAGCGCAGAGGAAGAUCAUGAGGAGCAACACAUGGCGUUUCAUCAGUCCUUUCCAUAUUCUCUGAAGGAACUAGUGUGGGAUCAGGGUCAUAAGAUCAACAUGCAGCAAUGCUACUGCUACUGUGGAGGACCAGGACAUUGGUACCUGAAGAUGCUGCAGUGCAACAGAUGUCGGCAGUGGUUCCAUGAGGAUUGCCUACACUGCCUGCAGACUCCACUGUUCAAUGGAGAUAGGUUUUACGUCUUCGUCUGCUCAGUGUGCAGCGGUGGAACAGAGUUUAUUGAGCGUCUCCCUCUCAGCUGGAAAGAUGUGGUUCAUCUUUGCUUAUUCAACCUGAGUGUGAUUCACAAGAAGAGGUAUUUUGAUUCGGAGCUGCAGUUGAUGCCGUACAUCAACGAGAACUGGGAGCUGCUGCAGCUGGGGAAGCUUGCUAGCACACCAAGAUCGAAGCGGUAUAAAAAAGUUUUAGAGGCCUUAAACAGCAACAGUUACACGUUCAUGUCGGGGAAGGAGGUGAAGAAAAAGAAGCACUUGUUUCGCCUGAGAGUCUUUUUCCCCCCUACCCCCCCCAACUGUUCUGAACCCACAUAUACGGUGAUGGGGGAGCCGCUGCAGAUCACCAUCAAGGGAUGGAAGGCGGUGAAGAGCUCCUUCGACAGGAAGAGCUUUGGGACUUUAACCAAUGGCACAGAAAAGAAGAAAAAGAAGAAGAAAAAAAAGAAAAAGAGGAAGCAAGAGACGUUGGCCGAAGCACAGCGGCCCGAUGAGAUGCCCCUGGAAAGCAGAAAAGCGGACGCCCCUGCAUUGGAUCAUCUGACCUCCGUUAACAGCAGGAGCGACAAGCCUCCCCUCUCAUUGCAGUCUUCUGAUGUGGAAUCCAUCGGUGCCGUCAGCAACUCAGAAACUACCUCAACAAGUCUUUCCAGACCGUCCAGUCUCUACAGUUCCAACAAGAUGCAAACUGCUACCUGCAACAUGCCUUUCUCCCCUCCACCUUUGAAACGGAAACGCGGCCGACCGCGGCGAAGCCCAAAGCCCCCCAAUCCAGAACUCCCCCCUCCCCCCAGGCUUCCAGACACCGACGGCUCAGCCACGGAGCUGCUGAGCGCCCUCCCAGGACUCCACCCCACAGACAUAGUCCACGGCAUGGACCCCAACACCCAGCUCUCGCACCUCAAGAGCUCCAUCAGCAGCUACUUCGGGGUAGCGGGGCGUCUGGCGUGCGGGGAGAGGUAUAAAGUCCUGGCCCGACGGGUCACCGCCGACGGCAAGGUGCAGUACCUGGUGGAGUGGGAAGGAGUCACUGCCUCAUAGGCGGGUGGACGGAAUCAACGGCAUCUCAGAAAAAUGCCACGGAUCGGACUGGACCGGUGAUGGUUUCUAUGGAGUCGAUUUUAUUCCGUUCUUGUGAAAAUAUGGAGCAGAAUGUUAAAGU